AUUGGCUCGAGGCCGAAUGGGAGGCGGCUUUGCGUUCCAUUGGUGGUGGUUCUAUUCUAUAGGCUGAGGACGCGGGUUCAGGCGAGGUGAGGAGACAAACCAAGUUGAACCUAUACUGGGUGAAGAAACAAAUAUGAGUAGCGGCAGUGUUCGCUGAGCAGAAACAAGCGCGAAGCGAACUGGGAGAGACGCGCCCUAUCAUCCAAUCUAUUGAGCAUAUACCGUCUUUCUAAUAACACUUUGGAGGAGAUUCACAUGAAGAAGAGGAACUUCAUCGGGCUAUUUCACUGACAGAUGGUGGCAUUGCAACGUGAAUCACAGUCACUCGGAGCCGGCAGUCAUUAUCAAAACAACCAGAGAGUGUAUUUCUUAAGUGAGCUAUUAAACAAAACUCAAGCACACAAUCUAUGAGUUUGGCAAUUACCCGAUCACACCAGGGCUAUCCAAGCAUGAAAUACCAUACUAGACCCACCAGUAGCGUCCUCCAGGAUUUGUCUGGUGGUCCCUCCCAUCUGUUGGGACUGGAAGGCCUGGACCCGAGGCCUCUGAGCAAGGCAAUGUCCUUCACUGACGAGGCGGUCUCCAUCCUGACCUCCAGCAGCCAGCUAGCCCGUUCCCUCCUGGGCUGCACCUCUGCCCUGAAGCGGAAAGAAAGCCUAGCCGCCACCGCUAACCAUACUAACGCUAAUGCUAUCUCUAACAAUGACGGUGAGGAUGACUUUGACGAUAGCAACAGUGCUCUGCGCCGCAAACGCGAGUUCACUCCCGACGAGAAGAAGGACGACGGCUACUGGGAUAAGAGGAAGAAGAACAACGAGGCGGCGAAACGGUCGCGUGAGAAACGACGUGCCAAUGACAUGGUCCUGGAGACGAGGGUUCUGGGGUUGUUGGAGGAGAACGCCCGACUAAGGGCCGAACUCCUGGCCUUCAAGUUCCGCUUUGGCCUAGUCAAGGACACCUCCGACAUAGCCAUAAUGCCGCUGUCCGUGCCUCCACCCAAACAUCUUGAACCGAGGUACUACCUACCCCACGAUGAUGGUUCCUACCCCCAUAACACCCCCGCCACCACCUCCCACCACCAUCCCCACCACUCAUCCUCAUACGAGGUGAGGGGAACUGGGCUGCCAACAGGGCGUGACGUGGGCAGUAGUAUAUCCGAGGACUCUGGUUUCUCCCCUGGAAGCUCCAAUGUCGGCAGCCCUGUGUUCUUUGACGACGGACUAGGGGACCACAGCCGAACAUCCCCCAGAACGGUAGAGGAACAGGGGCGUUAUGAGCCUCGCGCCUCCCUGGAGGCAGAAGGACAGUACCACGGCAGGCAGGACUCUAGCCUACCACACAAACUCCGCUUCAAAACCCCCGGUGGAGGUAGCGAAGGUGUGGAGAUACCAGCAAGGUCCCCUAAUAGUAAACGUCCUUUCCCCGUAGCUACAGUCGGACCAAACACCCAGAGGAGCCAGGCUGGAUGGUACAGUCAUAGGGGAGAGGGCCAGGCUGCGUGGCCCAGUGAGGAGGCCCGUGCUGGGCAUGAUCAGCAGCACCACUACUCCCCGUCUGGAGGGUCUGCACACAGCCCUACCACUACCACAGACUCCCAGUAUGUGGCGGAGAAUGGCACCCUCAAAUCCCAGCUCAGCUCUCUAUCGCAGGAGGUGGCCCAGCUCAAGAAGCUGUUCUCUCAGCAGCUGUUCUCCAAACUGGUCUGAGGUCAGGUUGAACACACUCACAACCUCACCUUAACACACAUUUUUACAUUUACAUACAGAGAAGAGCAACAGAGAGAGAAAGGGGUAUAGACUCAAAGAAAAUUACUUCACUUCAACCUGAACAUUGACUUUCACAGUGUCUUAGCUGAACUUGACUUUCACAGUGUCUAAGCUGAACUUGACUUUCACAGUGUCUAAGCUGAACAUUGACUUUCACAGUGUCUAAGCUGAACAUUGACUUUCACAGUGUCUAAACUGAACAUUGACUUUCACAGUGUCUAAGCUGAACUUGACUCACAGGGCACAGCACUGCCCAUUUGUAUUUGAACUGGGCAAGUCAGUUAAAAACUCAUUCUUAUUUACAAUGACAGCCUAGGAACGGUGGGUUAACUGCCUUAUUCAGGGGCAGAACAACAUAUAUAUUUUUUACCUUGUCAGCUCGGGGAUUCGAUCUAGCAACCUUUUGGUGACUUGCCCAACGCUCUAACCACUAAGCUACCUGCCGCUCCAUUGAUCUCCAGCAAACAGCUACAUCAAGUGUGAAGAAGCUGAGCGAACCACAUGACAACCUGAAAACUACUUCAAUAACACAUUCUCCAGAUACAACGAUACAGUGGCCUUCACCACUAUAAAAGCACACCAGCACAGGAAGUACCAGUUACAAUAGCAAUCAGCAGUCAAAAGCAAUACUUCAGGAUACUCUGUUUGAUUCACAGUACUUCAAAACAGCAUUUAUGGGUAACUUAUAUGAUACACAUUUUUUGUAUUUAUAUUUUGAGUCAUUUAGCAGACACUCUUAUCCAGGGCGACUUACAGUAUGCGAGUGCAUACAUUUUCAUACUUGUUCGUAUGAUAUCUGAAAUACAUUUUUUUUGUACACUGAUCUGGCAUGUGUCUUUGAUAAAGUUUCACAUUCUUUCUUUAGAGACUUUAAUUGAACAGGUCGUAACACACUGGAGUACACUGGUAAACCGGAGUACAUGCAGCGGUUCACACACUGGAGUACACUGGUAAACCUGAGUACAUGCAGCGGUGCACACACUGGAGUACACUGGUAAACCUGAGUACAUGCAGCGGUACACACACUGGAGUACACUGGUAAACCUGAGUACAUGCAGCGGUGCACACACUGGAGUACACUGGUAAACCGGAGUACAUGCAGCGGUUCACACACUGGAGUACACUGGUAAACCUGAGUACAUGCAGCGGUGCACACACUGGAGUACACUGGUAAACCUGAGUACAUGCAGCGGUACACACACUGGAGUACACUGGUAAACCUGAGUACAUGCAGCGGUGCACACACUGGAGUACACUGGUAAACCUGAGUACAUGCAGCGGUGCACACACUGGAGUACACUGGUAAACCUGAGUACAUGCAGCGGUGCACACACUGGAGUACACUGGUAAACCUGAGUACAUGCAGCGGUGCACACACUGGAGUACACUGGUAAACCUGAGUACAUGCAGCGGUGCACACACUGGAGUACACUGGUAAACCUGAGUACAUGCAGCGGUGCACACACUGGAGUACACUGGUAAACCUGAGUACAUGCAGCGGUACACACACUGGAGUACACUGGUAAACCUGAGUACAUGCAGCGGUACACACACUGGAGUACACUGGUAAACCUGAGCACAUGCAGCAGUACACACACUGGAGUACACUGGUAAACCUGAGUACAUGCAGCAGUACACACACUGGAGUACACUGGUAAACCUGAGUACAUGCAGCGGUGCACACACUGGAGUACACUGGUAAACCUGAGUACAUGCAGCGGUGCACACACUGGAGUACACUGGUAAACCUGAGUACAUGCAGCGGUGCACACACUGGAGUACACUGGUAAACCUGAGUACAUGCAGCGGUUCACACACUGGAGUACACUGGUAAACCUGAGUACAUGCAGCGGUUCACACACUGGAGUACACUGGUAAACCUGAGUACAUGCAGCAGUACACACACUGGAGUACACUGGUAAACCUGAGUACAUGCAGCGGUGCACACACUGGAGUACACUGGUAAACCUGAGUACAUGCAGCGGUUCACACACUGGAGUACACUGGUAAACCUGAGUACAUGCAGCGGUUCACACACUGGAGUACACUGGUAAACCUGAGUACAUGCAGCGGUUCACACACUGGAGUACACUGGUAAACCUGAGUACAUGCAGCGGUUCACACACUGAUGUCAGAGAUGGAUCAUUUGUGAACCCAUUCUGUUUGUAUUAUUGUGUUACAUGUCUGAUUACCCUGCUGCUGUAGGACAUGGUAUCCCUCACCUCUGUUUGUUUCUACACAGUUUGUCUUAAACGGUUUGUCUAAUAAAAUAUAAUAAUAACA